CACAGGCCAUGUGGAGUCCAUGGCUUAGCUCGGUGGAGCUGGUCAGGAUGAUCACCGACGUGCAGCUCGCCAUAUUCGCCUACAUGCUAGGCAUGUCACUCUUCUUGCUUGUCAUUCUCUAUCAUUAUGUGGCUGUCAACAAUCCCAAGAAACAGGAAUGA